UUACCAGCGAUACUGUUUUGUGAUGUAGGAUGGCUUACCUAGAAUAUCUCCUCUCAUACAUAUAGCUUAGGAUUACACAUGCAUAUUACCAACCAUGUAUAUAUGCAUCUAUUCUGUACACACUUAAUUUCUAUUUAGCUCUUGCUUAAAAUCACUUCUCGUUCCCUAAUAUUUCCCCAAACUUUGGCGAAAACCCCAAAAAGUCUUCAGUAAUAAGGAUAUGAAGGUCCAGCUUUUCCUUGAAAGUAUUCACUGAUGGGGCUGAUACCACUUGUUCGGCCUGCAGACAAACCAUGGAGUGCACUUCAGAACCAGAUAAAGAAUCAGAAAAAAGUUUGGACGAAGUAUGCCAAAAAAUGGAUAAGCUGUCAGAAUUAAAUGGGGAUUCGCCCGUAAAAUUAGUAACGAAAAAGAAGAAGAAACAUAAAAAGAAGACUGGAAAAUGCACAAAUGGUGACGAUGCGACCCUGAUGAGAGAAAAUGAGACAGGAGACACUUCAGUUAACUGUCGUGAAAACAUGUCCUCUGCUGUGAAAACGUCAAACAAGAAGUCUAAAUCGGAAAAUUCAGGUGUCAUACGUCAGACGGAUCCUCCUUCUAUUCCUGUAUGUCAGUUGUAUCCUAAAGGAGACUACCCAGUUGGUCAGAUUAUUAAUUAUGAGCCCGAUACUGAUUGUCGUACAGCUAUCAAUCGCACAACAUCAGAAGAGUGCAAAGCUCGUGACAAUGCUCAUGUAGAGAUCUAUCAACAGUUUCGUGAAGGUGCAGAGGUUCAUAGACAAACGAGAAACUAUAUUAAGAAAUGGAUACGUCCGGGUAUUCGUCUCAUUGAUAUGUGUGAAGAACUUGAACGCACUAGCCGUGCACUCAUUUUAGAACGCGGAUUGAAUGCAGGCUUAGCUUUUCCAACAGGUUGUUCAAUUAAUAAUUGUGCAGCUCAUUACACUCCUAAUGGGGGUGAUAAUACAGUUCUAAAUUAUGACGAUGUAUGCAAAAUUGAUUUUGGAGUACAUGUAAAUGGUCGUAUUAUUGAUUGUGCUUUCACACUUCACUUUAAUCCUAAGUUUGAUACUUUGGUAGAGGCUGUUAAGGAUGCAACUAAUACUGGUAUCAAGGCAGCUGGCAUUGACGUACGUUUGUGUGAUGUUGGAGCAGCCAUUCAGGAGACUAUGGAGUCCUAUGAAGUAGAAUUAGAUGGAAAUACUUACCAGGUGAAACCUAUACGUAAUUUGAAUGGUCAUUCUUUGGGGCCAUACCAAAUUCAUGCGGGGAAAACUGUGCCAAUCGUACGUGGAGGGGAGCAAACUCGUAUGGAGGAAAAUGAAUAUUAUGCAAUCGAAACGUUUGGUAGUACAGGAAAAGGUUAUGUUAUUGAUGGAGAUGAAGUUUCGCACUAUAUGAAGAAUUUCGACGUUGGACAUGUUCCUCUGAGCCCGUUUCGCUCUCCCCUCUCGGUCGUACUGAUAUCAAAAGGCUUUAAUUGAAUAUGUUUACUACCGACAACCAAACCUUCCAAGCGUGAAGAUCAUUUGAAAUAAAAAGUCUAGUUAAACUCUAUAAUUGUAUUAAAUUUACUGCUCCUUUUUAAAUUGGUAUGUUCUACGUUCAGAAGUCGAACUAAACAGUUGUUCUUUCGUUUCAAAUCUUUGAAAUUUUUAACAUUCUUUUGGAUUUCAUUUUCUUAUUGUGUAGGUUGGCGAAAUCGAAACAACUGUUGAAUGUGAUAGAUCGUAAUUUCAGUACUCUUGCAUUUUGUCGCCGUUGGUUAGAUCGUUUAGGUGAAACAAAAUAUCUUAUGGCCCUAAAGAACCUAUGUGACGUUGGAAUAGUAGAUCCAUAUCCGCCUCUGUGUGAUCAACGUGGUUGCUACACUGCUCAAUGGGAGCACACGAUUUUGCUAAGGCCAACAUGUAAAGAAGUUGUCUCUCGUGGGGAGGAUUACUGAGUAACUUCCAAGUUUUUCAUUCAGGAUUCACUGUAGACGUUAUAAAUUGUUUCGAUAUUUUGAUAAUAUUUGAAAGAUUUAUUUUCGUUUGAACAUGUGUCCAAGAUACAGUUUGAUAUAGUAUUCCACUAUGUGUCUCAGUCAUUAUUGUUUUAAUUGAUUUCCCAGCGCUAACAAUCCUUCUUAAGGCUCUCUGCUUAUCAAUCUUUAUUUUGACCUCAACUUCCGUGAGUUUAUAUCUAUAUUGUACACUUUCAUGUUUUUGUAGUAACAACUAGGUUUUGUAAAUUAAGUCACAUCUAAAUAAAGUCCAGUAUUAUAUG